AUGUGCUUUUUAAUUAAUUGGUUUGCCAGCACUACUGACGCCAUUUACGAUUUUCUUCUGAAUUCAGAUUCCUCAAAUCGCCUUGCUGAGAAUAAUAACUGCGCUUUCAAUAAACAUUUACUGACAAGCCUUGUUUCAGUAGUUCCAUCUUCUGGAUGCUCGUCUCUGGAGGCAGGAGAUCUCAAGGACCUGAAUCUCAUCCUACAAUCGUCUCCAGCCUCUUCUAUCUCUCUUACCUCCAGUUAUUCGCUAACUCAGUGGAAUGACCCUGUUGCAAGCACUCUUACGUCCACCUUCUUUCGACAGCUAGAAACCUACCUACUUGAACCAGGGGAAGUGAUCUCUGUCUCGCUUACUCGGCCUGCCUGCCACAUUGGAUCUCCGGCUCAGAGUUCGGAUCAAUCCGGUGAGGUUGCUGGACUGGCUAAUCACCUCCCAUCUGGCCCUCUUUCUUCACAUCUUUUUCACUGUUCGAUGACUUCGUUUCCUGGAAAGAGAAUUUCUUUAUCAGCGGCACCUAGCCCAUGUUCUACCCCAAAUGACCCAUCCACUUCGGGCUUAGUUGAUCCUAGGUUUACGGCGGGCAUGGAUUUAACUAAAUGUAGCUUUCCACGCAGAGAAGGGUGCUUACAAUCUGGCUCAAUCAACUGUGAGGUAUAUGAAGGAGCCAAUGAGACUGUAUAUCUUCUCUGUCCUUGCGAGCUUCCUGUAUCAAGUCUUCAGCGUCUUUUGCUUGCCAAAUAUCAGCAGACCUGCUUAGACCGCGUGACUGUUGACAUUUUUUUUGACGGACAGUGUCUGGAACCGAUGCACACUCUCCGUGAAGUUGCUUAUCUGUAUGCUGUGCCUGUGCGUGAGCAUUGCCUCCGACUUGAAUUUGUCUUUGCCGACCUCCGAUUGGCUUGGUGGGGUCGGCCGAUGCCGCGUCUUGAGCCUCCUAUUUCUUCUAUGGCCCCUGUUAGCCUCGUCGGACCUGCUAAUGAAUCAUCAUCUGCUAACUAUGGAGCCUAUACUUAUGUCGACAAUGGCGAGGCUGCGGUUACUAUUACUGGCCAUUGCGAUAAUGGUGGUACUGAUGACGAUAGGGACUCUAAUUCCUGCCGGAAAAUUCGAGUUCGAGGUCUAUCUGAACCAGCCGCUUGCCGUAUCUCCUUUUGUGCCCACAAAGUUGUUCCAAACUCAUUGGGUUCACGGAAAAGUGGCAUAAAUCAGCAAGGCGACUGA